GAGGCAGAGGGACAGAGACUUGUGUGGGCGUGUGUGUCCCCCUUCCCUUCUGUCAGUUUCUGCUUUAGCUGCUGAAAUCUGUGUUCUCUUCAAAAAAAAUAAUUUACUUGUGAGCAAAAUUGUAUUAACACUUGUUGCUCAAACAACAUUUUCUUGAAGUUUAAUUUACUGGGGUUUUGUUUUUUUUAUGCAUGUGUUAAUAACACUUGGACAGAGACACAAUUAGCCUCAUUUCAAGGGUGAUCUGUCUUUCUCCCGUCUUCACAGAAGAAUUGUUAUUGUGUACAUGCUUGGAGAAAGCUAAAAAGCUGCUGUCUUUGCAAUCUUUUUUACUAAUGUCUAUAUAGAUCAAGAGGCCGGUGGGCCUUGAGUGAACCUUAAUUUCAGUAGUGAAAGGAAAAUGACCACAAAACCAAAGAAAGGAUGGAAAUCAAUUUCGUCUCUCAAUUUGAAGACCAAAUCAGCAGCACAUUUUUGUUUGCUCCCCAAAUCAAAAUCAGAUCGAUAUGGUCCUGGUGACACACCUGUUUAUCUCAAUGUGUAUGACUUGACUCCUAUGAACGGCUAUGUAUAUUGGGUUGGCCUUGGUAUUUUUCAUUCUGGUGUGGAAGUUCAUGGUGUAGAAUAUGCAUUUGGAGCUCAUGACUAUUCAAGCAGUGGUGUCUUUGAAGUUGAACCACGACAAUGCCCGGGGUUCAAGUUUAGGAAGUCCAUAUUCAUUGGGGUUACAAAGUUGGAUCCCUGUCAGGUUAGAGAGUUUAUCGAACGUCAAGCUGCUAACUAUAAUGGUGACACAUAUCAUUUGAUUUCGAAGAACUGCAACCAUUUUUGCAACGAUACAUGCUACAAGCUCACUGGGAAAAAGAUACCAAAGUGGGUAAACCGACUUGCAAAAUUAGGUUCAUCAUUCAACUGCAUGCUACCCGAGGCUCUGAAAGUUGCCGCCAUAGAACAUGACCCUAAUGGCCCAGAAUAUGUUACUGAAAGAAGAAGGCUAAGAAGUGCAUUCAGCUGUCUUUCUUCAAUCUCAACAAGACAAAGGCAGUUAUCGACAUCUUCGUUAUUUCUACAAUCACCCUUGAAAGGCUGCUUACCAUCUUGGGAGUUAAGAAAGUCUAGCAACAGGUCUCUGAAAGAAAGGUAAAAGAUAAUAGACACUUUUCAAUGAAUCUGUUGGAA